AUGUCCAGACAGGAAGAUUUGUCAGACAAUGAGCUAGACGCGUUUGACGCAAGCAGAGAAAAAGUCUUGCUUGAAGAAGCAGGUAACUAUUUGUCCCGGUCCCACAACUCCGGAGACGAAGAUUCGGACGAAGAAGUGAUGGGUCUUAAAUAUCAGAACCAACAGAGUGAAGAGGAAGAAGACGACGAAGAAGAAGAAGAAGACAGCCAAGAAGAAGGUGAAGAAGAAGAAGAUGACGCUGAAGAAGAGGGAGGUUGGGGAUCCAAAAAGAACUACUAUGGUGGUGAUGAUGUCAGUGACAAUGAGGAUGCUGAUGCAAUGGCAGAGGAAGCCCUCAGACAGCAGAAGAAGCACUUGCAGGAGCUUGAUAUGGAUGAUUUCGUUGAUGAGGAUAUGAUGGAUGACUGGAAGAAGACUGCUGAGGACUAUGAUAACGCUGACGACAAAAUCACCGGCCCAGUAGUCACUGAGGAAGCUGUAGACUUGGAUUCGUUAGACGAUGACGAGAAGGCCAAGUAUUUGGCUGGUUCAUUCCCAGAAUUUGUUCCUCUUCUAAAAGAAUUCAAGAAGUUGGCUCCCAAGUUGGAGGAAUUCAAGACAGUUCCUCAUAACCCGGUAAUUGAUGUUAAGAUCGUGGCAUUGACCGCAUACUUGAGUUCGAUUUCUUCAUACUUUGCAGUUUUCGUGGACAAGUUGCGUGGUCAGGACCAUUUUUCCAUGAAGGAGAGUCCAGUGAUGGAGUCCAUUCUCAGCUCCAGAGAGGUAUGGAGACAAGCUGGAGAAUUGAACUACAAUGCUGACGAAACUGACGACAUCGAAGUUGAUGACGGAGUUAAUGACGAGAUGGAAGCACAGUCUGAUGAUGAAGACUUGCAAGAGAGAUUGCAGACUGAUUCAGAGGAGGAAGAGGACGACGAAUCUGAAGAGGAGGAUGAAGAAGACGAAGACAAGGAAAUCAAGAUUGACUUAUCCACUAAACGUACAAUCAGAAAGGGUGGAAAGCCAGUCGUCACUGGAGAUUUUGCAGAAACAUCUGCGCCAGAUGGUGUGGACAAGGAAGAGAAAGAGCGCCGUAAGAAGACCUUGCGCUUCUACACAUCGAAGAUCGACCAAUCCGCAAACAAGGCAGCCAGAAACGAAAAGUUCACUGGUGACCUUGACUUGCCAUAUAGGGAAAGACUCUUUGAGAGACAGCAAAGGCUUAUUGAAGAAGCCAGAAAGAAGGGCUUGGGCUUGGAUAAGGCACAAUUGGGUGAGGAUUUGGAUAAUAACGACUUCAACUCAGAUGAUGAAAAGCUUGCUUCUCAGAUCAACGAGGAUGCAGAGGAUUACUAUGAGAAUAUUAAACAGGGCAAGAAGGACAAGAAGGAAGCACGUCGUGCAGCCCAUGAAGCAGCUAAGAAAGCAGCCAGGGAUGGCUCUUUGGCUGAGUUGCAAGAGCGUGUUGGUGAUGAUGGUAAAAGAGCACUUAACUUCCAAAUUCUCAAGAACAAGGGUCUUACACCAAACAGAAGAAACGACAACAGAAAUGCAAGAGUCAAGAAGAGAAAGAGAUACGAGCAGGCCAAGAAGAAGCUCAAGUCUGUCAGACAAGUUUACGACGACAAGAACAGAGGUCCAUACCUGGGAGAAAAGACCGGUAUCAAGAAGGGAUUGUCACGUUCGGUCAAGCUCAUUUGA